AUGGCUUGCAAUGAAAAUAUAAUAAAAAAUAUUGCGAAUGAAGUUACCAGAAACUGUCACGCUAACGGUGUGUUGGUGGAAGAAGAUUUUGUAACAUAUCUCAUAGAAUUGUUACUUCUUAAUCCAAAGUACGGUAAACUCUUCGCUAAAACUAUCAAGAGAGACAAUUUAGAGUAUUUUGUUAAUGAAUGCAUCGCUAUGUUGACGAAAGCGGAUAUAGCCAUUCUAACUCUAAAGAUGCAGUACAAUAUGCUAACAAACUACGAUAAACUCCAAAACCUAAUAGACACACACUUGGAGUCCAUAGAGAAUUGCCUAAGGCCGCUCGUUCAUGAGAUAAUGGAAGAAGACCCGGGCCCUGAAGGAGGACCGGAGGAUGCUGACUAUAAGAAGCUGUUUAGAAAGAUUUCUAUCUACAUUAUACUAGCUAGCGGUCUCGGCAAUCCUAGCAGUAUUAUUACUUUAAAAGAAGGUUUAGCGGCAUUAGAAAGCGUAUUCUCUAUCGAGGAUCUGAAAGUGUUUGUCGCACUCCCCGGUUUUGAGAAGAUGAAUCAGCUGAACGAAUUGGUUCAGAUCGUGUCUGGAAUUAGGUUGUUUAAUAGAGACUGCAAGAAAGGAGGCGAUGGUAUACCAGACUUGCCCUUCAACCUGUUAGAAGCUGGCAACGCGUGUGUAUCGUCGCUGUCAAACUCGUUGAUCACAAUCAUGCAGAAAGUUAACACUUUGACCACCGCGAUACAGGACAGCGUGGAUAUACAAGAUGAGACAGGCAACGUAUACAUUGUGGCGACACCAGAGUUUACUGUCGAGGAUUACAACCACGUAUAUUCCCUGUUGGCUUUCUACCGUCAAUACGAAGUGUACACUCGUAAGUUGCUCUCAGACGUACAGGUGUUAGUGCAAAGUGCGACGCAGUGCGUGGAACAUGUGCGCAAAGUGCUGGCUGAUUUGCAUUCGUGUGUUAAAUAUAAAGCCGCUGUACCUGUUGAUACUGUUUAUCCAUUAUUCAAGAAACUAUGGCAAAUAUGGCGAGACAUGCAGAACAUAAUGUACUUAGUGUCAACUGUUAACCGUUUGAAUACCGUACUCGGUGCGAUACACGAUCUGAUCAAAAUGCCCAGUUUGUUAGAGAGAAUGUUGAUCGGCAAAAAAGUGUUAAGUGACCAGGAGCGCAUGACUAACUUGAAGGUGGAAGAGAAACUGUCGCUGGGCUCUCUGAAGAAUUACGUCACAUGUAGCAGUUACAAUGUUAGGGAUAAAGAUGUACAAUUUCUAGGCUUUUGCGCAAUCUCUUUGGCGGUGGGUGCGCUUAUUCCGAGCAAUAUUAAACUCGGUCACAUAAGACUUCAAGGAAAACGUUAUGGAUUGUGCAAUUUUAAAAUGGCGAAGCGUUUCGGUAAAACACCAGAGAGGUAUAUAAAUGAAGUCCUAGAUUACGCGAGGAAUAACCCUCAUCUUAUAAAUUUGCUAAACAUCGCAGAAGAUGUUGAAAGAGUUAAGGACAUCAGUGUUCUCGUCACAAAACCUGUUCCAAAGAUCAAAGUGUCGGAUAAAGACAUACAAACCGAAACACAUCCUAUGGAAAGUUAUAUAGAGAAGAACUAUACAUCCGAUCUUUGGGAGUGGAAACGAAGAGCUUGUCAAUGGGCAAAUAUAGUAAAUUGUAGGACUCAUUCCACACAAACUAUCUACAGUCAUUUACGAUCUGAGAUCCAAUGUCAGACUGUAGACAUGAGAGACAAGGAGUUACAGACUAAAAAAGAAUCCGGGAUAAACACAAUCACUAAGAACAUAUUCCUGUGGGGACUUAGAGGACGUUUGGGUGAAGGACAGCAUGUAAUGCCUUUAGAGGAGAUGUUUCAUUCAGAAAUAAAGAAAGCGGAAACUUUGGAAAUGUGUCAAGAUAAAUUACAAGCUGAAACUAGUACGAGUAAUACAAAAACAACAGCGUUUAAAGAAUCCACUUUGUUAUUCGAAUAAUCAAAAGGGGUCAAAUAAUUUGU